AUGGACGAGAAACUUGCUGGCCAAGGAGGGCUCAAUGAAUCCUUUGAAGUCAUAGACGGGGAAAAUGAAAGACUGAAACAAGAGCAAGCACAAUUAAUUGAAUCAUCAUCAGAUAGUAUGGUGGAUGAGUCUGACGAUGAAAGCAAGAAUGGUGUCCCUAGAACUGGACACCCUUCAUCUAAUAAGAAUGAUAUGUCUGUCAAAGUUCUUCUUUCAUCUUUGAUAAUGUUAUUUACAGGCCUCUUUAUCGUCUACACGAAUCCAGGCCAUGGGAAAGGGAGACCCAUUGUUCGCCUCCCAAGUAGGGAAUCAGAAGAUUAUAUAAUACCAUUUACUGAUAAAUCUCAAAAUGUAUUCCAUCCUGAAGAUGAUGGGAUUCUUGAAAGAGCAGCAAUGGUUACAUUAUCUAGAAACUCGGAUCUUUAUGAUCUAUUAAGUGCCAUCCAUGAUGUUGAGAGUCAUUUCAAUAACAGAUAUCAUUACGAUUGGGUGUUUUUGAAUGACAAGCCAUUCUCAGAAGAGUUUAAAAGAUUAACGACUGCAUUAGUUUCAGGGAAUACUAAGUAUGGUUUAAUUGACGAGGAACAAUGGUCAAUACCUCCUUGGAUUGACAGGAACAAAUUUGAAAAAGAAAGGAGAGCAAUGGAAGAGAAUGGAGUUCCAUAUGGUGAUUCAGAAGUUUAUAGACAUAUGUGUCGUUAUCAAUCUGGAUUUAUUUGGAGACAUCCAUUAGUAGAUGAGUAUGACUAUUAUUGGAGAGUUGAUACAGAUAUUAAGAUUUAUUGUGACAUCCAAUAUGAUAUUUUCAAAUUUAUGAGAGUAAAUAAUAAGAAAUAUGGAUUUAUUUUAUCAUUAGAAGAGUAUCAAGAAACGAUCCCAACAUUUUGGCAAACAGUUACUAAUUUUACAAAGGAAUACGAACACCAUGUUAAUGAGAAUAAUUUACUCGAUUUCGUUUCUGACGAUGGUGGUAAAACUUUUAAUGGUUGUCAUUUCUGGACUAAUUUCGAAAUUGCAUCAUUGAAGUUUUAUAGAUCGCAAGCUUACAGAGAUUAUUUCGAUUAUCUAGAUCAUAGCGGUGGGUUUUACUACGAGAGAUGGGGAGACGCACCUGUCCAUUCCAUCGGUGCUGCAUUACUUCUAGAUAAAUCUGAAGUCCAUUUCUUUGACGGUUUAGGGUUUUACCACCCAGAUUUCCACUCAUGUCCUGUAGAGGAGGAUAUUAGAGUACAAAACAAGUGUAUAUGUAAUCCUGCAUAUGAUAAUACAUGGUGGAAAGAGUAUUUCUGUACGAGAAAGUUCUUCAAGGCACAAGACUACGAAAUCCCUGAACAAGUGAAGAAAUCAAAGAGUAAGCCAUAA